AUGCCACGAUACAUACCACCUAAGCAACUGACAGAGCAUCGUACAGCAGCCAUCGCACUUUACAGAGCGCUGCUUUCGCGAUGCACCUCUGCGCCUCUGUCAGCUGAAGAUCGCAGUUCUUUGCGCAAUGCUAUCUGCAAAAAAUUUCGCCGUAGCCGAAAGCUACAGAGUAGCCAUCAACUCGGUCUCGUUUUCCAGGCCGGAUAUAAGACCCUUUCUUACCUAGACGCAUCCACAAGUGGGAACACUGCAAGCACCAAUGCGUUGCGCUCCAUCAUAUCGAACCUUCCCUCGGGCAUCACGCGCACGCGCUCGUUUAUUCCCUCCCCCUCCUCCUCCUCGUCGCUGACAGCCACACCAUCCAAGAAUGCACUCGCUUGCCUUCCAUCCAAACAGUCCACGCUAGAUGUGCGCCCGUAUGCCAAGGUGUCUGGGCCACGGCAUGUUCCCAUCCUUGCGAGUGCGAAUGGGAUUCCAUUUCUGCGACUGGGAAAACCGCAGUCCCCCGUACUAAGUCGUACCAUACGAUAUAAACUCAAGAGUCGAAUCGAGAGGUUUGAUUCCAAAGUCGUCCUUAGCAACUACUGGUUCCCAAUUGCGAGCCAGGAAGAUGUAUGGGACACUUUGUUGGAGGAACAUUGUGAAUUGAAAGAUGAAACCAACACGAGCAUCACAUGGGUAGGUGCGAUAGAACAAGCUAUCCGUCAGGAAACGAUGAUAUACGAAGCGGAUUUGGCAGAUGAUAGAGCUCUCAGGCAAAAGAUGAUGGGCAUAGUAGAUGCAGAAACGAAAUUAGCGGAGCAAGAAGGCCAGAUUGUUACAAGGGGAAGAAAAAGUCGGCCGAUACAGGCACGCUGGUUGAUGUAG